AUGUCACUGUUUGGCGGUGGCUUUACAGAUGGUGAGAGAGAGGAUGGGACCUCUUUUGACUUACUGAAAAUCAGCAACAUAAACAGAAAGACAAUUGGAGCAAAACUAUUUCGGGGCAACAUAUCUAACGUCCCAGCAUAUCGCUUCAUCCGGUUUGAUCGCAUCCCUCCAGUUAAUUCAGAGAAAUUAAGACAAAUUAUUAAGCUGAUGCAGCAAAAUGAGGGCUUCAUACUUACAGCCACCAUGAGGCAGGAUAGGAGUUCCAAAGGGACCAUCCUUGCCUUGGAAGGUCCUGGCAUCUUUCAACGGCAGUUUGAGAUUGUUUCCAACGGUCAAGAAAAUACGCUUGAACUUUCCUAUUGGAUUGAUGGAGCCUGGAAACGGCAUUCUUUGGAAGAUGUGGAAUUAGCUGAUGUGCAGUGGAAGAAUAUCACGGUACAAGUUACAGGAGAAAACUACAGUAUCUAUGUUGGUUGUGACCUCAUUGACAGUUUGACCCUGGAAGAACCUUUCUAUGAAUACCUGAAAGCAGAGAAAAGUAACAUGUAUGCGGUCAAGGGAGCUACACGAGAGAGCCACUUUCGGGGUCUCCUACAAAAUCUUUUUCUGGUUUUUGGAACUACCGUAGAGGAUAUUUUGCGCAAUAAAGGGUGCCAGAGAAGUCAAUCAGCUGAAGUGAACACUAUUAAUGAGAACACAGAGAUCCUUCACCUCAGUCCUUCAAUCAUGACAGAGUAUGUUGGAGAAAACACAGAGAAGAAAGCUGAAUUCUGUGAUCGCUCUUGUGAAGAGCUUGGGUCUAUGUUUGCUGAACUCCAUGGACUACGAGUUGUUAUUAAUGGCUUGUCUGACAAAUUGAAAAGUGUGUCAGAGGAGAAUAACAAAAUUGUAUCAGAGUUGCUUGGUCCCAACAAAACACUCAAGAACCAGACUGCUUGCUGGCAAGAUGGCCGUGAAUUUGCAAAUAACUCACACUGGGUUGUGGACAGCUGUACAAAAUGUAGCUGCCAGAACUCUAAAACGGUGUGCAAUAAAAUGACAUGCCCGCCUGUGCAUUGUGUCCGUCCAACUUUUAUUGAUGGCGAGUGCUGUCCUGUCUGCUCUCACAGUAAGUAUGCUACAUUUUUCCAACUUGUGUGGUGCAGCCUCCCAUCAUUGUAUUCAAGAUAA